UGCGCGCAGUACUCGUGGAGCAGGAAGAGGAGGUGCAUCUGUGAGCUGCGAAACGUUCGAAGACAAUGGCCGAGGUUAUGAAACAAGAGCAGGAAGAAAAUACUAAUGUUGCCGAGACCGAGCAUGAAGCUGAAAACGAAACUGAGCAGCAGAUGGAAAACGAGGCGAAUGGCAUUAAAACGGAAAGCGAGUCCCCAAAGGAGCCAUCUGAACUGAAGGAAAAGACAAGUAAAAAAUCCAACCGUUACCAGCCCUAUUCCAAGGAGAAGAAUGCAGGAUCUGGAGACAAAAAGGGAGCUCAUCGCAACAGGGUUUUUGUUAGCAAUAUACCAUAUGACAUGAAAUGGCAAGCAAUCAAAGAUCUAAUGAGAGAGAAAGUCGGUGAGGUUACAUACGUGGAGCUCUUUAAGGAUGCUGAAGGAAAGUCAAGGGGUUGUGGUGUUGUGGAAUUUAAGGAUGAUGAGUUUGUGAAAAAGGCAAUGGAAAUCAUGAAUAAAUAUGACCUAAAUGGAAGGCCACUUAAUAUUAAAGAGGAUCCUGAUGGUGAGCAUGCCCGUCGUGUACUUCAACGGGCUGGAGGAGCUUUUCAAGGAGUCCGUGGUACAGAUGGAGGAAUGGGAAUGAUAAAUGUACCCCCUUCUAUUGCAAACAACCCUAACAUUCCUCCUGAAGUAAUAAAUGCUUUGCAGGCUGGGCGUCUUGGGACAACUGUGUUUGUUGCAAAUCUGGACUUCAAAGUUGGAUGGAAGAAACUGAAAGAAGUCUUCAGCAUGGCAGGUGCAGUUAAGAGAGCAGAUGUGAAGGAAGACAAAGAUGGAAAAAGUCGUGGAAUGGGGACAGUAACUUUUGAGCAAUCUAUAGAGGCUGUUCAGGCUAUUUCCAUGUUUAAUGGCCAAUUCCUGUUUGAGAGACCCAUGCAUGUAAAAAUGGAUGACAAAUCCGUACCCCAUGAUGACUUCCGUACAGCAGAAAAGUCAUCUCAGUUACCCCGUGGGCUUGGUGGUAUUGGAUUGGGUCUUGGACCUGGUGGCCAGCCAAUUAAUGCAAACCGAGUCAGUGGUGGAGGCAUGAGUAGCAUGGGCCCUGGAGGCCUUGGUGGGAUGGAUGUAUCUGGAUAUGGUGCAAUGAGUAGAUUAGGUGGAGGAAUGAGUGGCUAUGGAAGUGGGAUGGAUGGAAUGAGUAAUAUGGGCGGAUACAGUAGUAGAGAGCUGGCAUCUAUGGGAAGAAUGGGAGGUGGCAUGGAUGACUACAGAGGAAGCCUAGGAAUGGGUGGAAUGAGCAGUUUGGGUAGUGGUAUGGGUGGAAUGGGAGACAUGUAUCGCAGUGGAAUGGGAAGCAUAGAUAGAGAUUAUGGUAGAAGUGAGCUGGCAAUGAAUCGAGGUUAUGGCGAUUCCUAUGGUGGAAUGGGAGGUGGAAUGAACAGCAUGGGUGGUGGAAUGAGAAUGGGCAUGGACAGGAUGGGUGCUGGUUAUGACCGACUUGGCAGUGGCAUGGAAAUGAGUCGUGGCUUCGGAGGUUUUGGAUCGGGGUCCAAUCAAAUGGGUGGAGGAAUGUCUGAGAGAGGAUCAGGAUCCAAGGGCUGUCAAAUCUUUGUCAGAAAUCUUCCAUUUGAUCUUACAUGGCAGAAGCUGAAAGAAAAAUUCAGCAGCUGUGGUCAAGUUAUGUUUGCAGAAGUCAAAAUGGAAAACGGGAAAUCUAAAGGCUGUGGCACAGUGCGCUUUGAUUCACCAGAAACUGCUGAAAAGGCAUGCAGGCUUAUGAAUGGCACCAAGAUCAGUGGUAGAGAAAUAGACGUUCGCAUGGAUCGAAACGCAUAAGCUAUUCAGUAAUGUUCAUUUCCAGUAUGUGUAUUUAGUAUUGUAUGAAAAAGUUUGUCUUCACCAGCCUUUACAACUGGACAUGCUUAAAGUUGUUUUAUAUACUGUGAGUUGUCAUCCUCUCCCCUGCCCUCAAGUGUUUAAUUUUUGUGAGCAUUCAGUUUAAUUGAAUGAAUAAACUUGGUUUUUAUUUUUUUUUAAUGUA